CGACGAGUGCAUUGUGCAGCUUGAUUCAUGCAGCAACUUCAAGCUUUCGAACGUGCCAAUUCCUUCCCUGAAGGCUUCAGGGCACUCUCUUUUGGUGGAGGCAAUCAACCGCUGUCAUGGUUUCUCUUGUUGACAUCAUCUACAUCACCUUAAUCGUUUGCAGCCAUGAUUCGCACUUGAUGUAUCGCUAGGUCUGCCAACCGUAGCACUUUUUGGGAGCGAUUGUGGGCAAUCAAACUGUGCGGUUUGAGCCCAGUCCAGAUUGGGCAAGUUGGCGUAGCAGACCAUCUGCAAAGUCAUUGUUGAACCCAGGAGUCAGGCAGCUAUGCAGCAAACCAAAGGGGCAGAGGAGAAGGGACCUGCAGAGCUGCCUAGGCCACAGAGCGGAUCCGGAGCUACCACCGGUGCUAGCAAGACGCAAGAGCCAUUCUUGGGCGUGAAGGUUCGCCGUAGGUCUAGUCUGAACAAGGUCUUCCAGGGAGACUAUUUGGAACUGAAUGGCAACGCAACUGUCCUGAAGUUGCUUUCAAAACAUGGCGACAAGGCGGUGCUCUUCGCUGAUACCGUCAUCAAAGUCGACCGCAAAUUUCGGAUGCAGAAGCGCCUUAUUUUGAUUACGGAUGUGGCACUGUACAUCCUCGAGACGGACAGUUUCCGUGUGAAGAGGCGCAUCAGCCUGGACACGCUGGAGUCCCUCCGCCUGAGCGAGCUGAAUGACAACUUCUUUGCGGUCAUCAUCCCUGCGGAGUACGACUAUCUGCUGGCAAGCACACGCAAGACGGAGAUUGUGACUGUGCUGCUGGAGGCCACCAGGAAGCUGACGGGGCGCAACGUUUCUGUAAAAUUUGGAAAUAGUUUUGAGUACAACAUCGACUCAGAAACGGUGCGUCAAGUCGUCUUCAAGCAAGUGGAUGGCAACGUGAGCACAAAGUUCUCUGACAGUCGGAUCCAGCAAAGCUGACGGCUACCAGCAGCAACGGUUCUCCACUCGCUUGCAAGCGGCGCGCGUUUUAAAGGAACCCCGAACCCCCUCCGAUCGCUGCAAGCAAGCUGGCAAGCUGCGAAGUAAACGGUGUACGAGCACCUGUCCUUGGCGAUGCUUUCGACACUGAGCAGGUGCUGCCAGUUGGACAUUGACGGGUAUCUCAAAGCAGGUGACAGUUUCAGGCCAGGCUGAUGCGAAAUGUGUGGUUAUAGGAUAGUGUGACACCGCUUGAUCGAGGCGGAUGGUUGAUCGGGGACUACAUGUUGCUGCGUUCAUUAUGGAAUAUCCAUUGGUUAUCAGGGCGCAUGAAAGGACAAUUUCGACCAUUCGAGUACCUGUCGAAAGCUUAAUCACUUUGCCGACGAGCUCCUUCCAGCAUGCUCACAGUCGGCCUGGCAACAUUGGGCGUUGGCAAUCUGCCAAACGUGUGUAAAAGAGGGGCGGUUGUACAUUGCCAAGUUGAGCACCAAAUUGUUGUCCAGGAACAAGCACACUGCGAG